AUGCGUUUCACUGCCGCCACUGUUGCCCUCUUCGCCGGCCUUGCCGCUGCCCUCCCCAACGGAGACGUCGAGACCGUCUACCAGACCGAGGAUGUGACCAUCACCUCGUGCGGUCCUACCGUCACCGACUGCCCCGGUAACCAGACCCCCACCUCCACCCCCGAGGGUGCUGGUGCCGUCACCCCCAGCAACCCUCCCCCGGUGGCCACCACCUCCACCGAGGCCUCCGAGGUUGCCAGCAGCACCGGCGUCCCCAGCAGCAGCGAGGCCGUGCCCCCGGUUGCCCCCACCAGCGCUCCCGCUCCCCCCAGCGCCCCGGCUCCUUCCCUGUCCACCUCGUGGCAGAAGUUCACCACCUGCGUGCCCCAGGUCAGCUCCAAGCCGGUUGUCGUUACCGUUUCGGCUCCCGCUCCCACCAAGCCCGCUGGCAACAAGCCCUCCGUCCCCGUUGUCCCCACCGGCGUUGCUUCUUCCUCUGCGGGUGCUAUCCCCAGCGGCAGCGUGACUCCCUCCACCUCCGCCCCUGGCUCCCUCUUCACCGGCGCUGCCAACACCGUCAGCGGCUCUUUCGGCCUUGCUGGCGCCGCCGCCGCCGCCGCCUUCUUCCUGGCUUAG